ACUCGUCUCCUAGGGCUCCAUUGCAGUCCAACUGUACAUUAACAAUGCCAACAAAAUAACUAUAAACCCCCUCCCAAAAAAAAAAGAAAAAAAUAAAAAAAAGAAAAUAAAAGCAGAGUUUUUUUUCUCUCUCUCUCUCUCUCCAGACCCGUCGGAGCCAUUUCGGACCUACCUCGUCGGAGCUUCGCAUUUCCACCAUCACUAAUCAAGCUCUCAGCUUUUUCUCUCUCAUCGUUUUCCAAUUAAAGAGUGGCUGCUGGAGAUGGUGAAGCCUUCGAAAGGUCACCAUGAAGAAUUAGAAGACGAUGAUGAAGUGCCUCAUAGAGUGAAGGUAGACGGGAAGAACAGGGAAAAGAAUCGUUCCAAGCAUUCAGAAACUGAGCAGCGUAGAAGAAGCAAAAUUAAUGAGAGAUUUCAGAUUUUGAGGGAUCUCAUACCUCAAGAUGAUCAAAAAAAAGAUAAGGCUUCAUUCUUGUUGGAGGUUAUAGAGUACAUUCGGUUCUUACAGGAGAAGUUAAAUAUGUAUGAGGGAUCAUACCCAGGAUGGAGUUCAGAACCAACAAAAUUGACACCAUGGAGAAAUCAACAUGGUCCCACUCCCACGGAAAGUUUUGUGGAUCACCCUCAAGUUAUAAAGAGUGAUUCUGGUCUCCAGAAUAAUGUUUCUGUCUCUCCAUCAAUGCUCUGCAAUGCACCAAACUUAGUUGAAACUGAGCUGGGCUCUACAGUGGUUUACAAAUCACUGGAUCACCUGCCCGGGUCAGCUGGUCAGGUCGCUCCUCUCAAUGUGCAGCAGCCAAUUUUUGACUCUAUUGGGAGGGGCGGUGUGCCUACACAGCCAUUGCAGGAAUCUGUAUCUGAUGCUGUUAACAUUGAUUUGCAACCCCAACAGCCUGAGUUAUGGUCGGGUAGACAUACAACUGACUGUUCUGUUUUAAACAAUACACCAAAUUUUCAGGAGAAAAGUAGAUCUGUUAGCAUUUCAAGCGCUUAUUCUAAAGGGAUACUGGAUACCCUGACACAAGCGCUGCGAUCUUCAGGUAUGGAUUUGUCACAGGCCAGCAUCUCAGUGCAAAUUGAUGUUGGGAAUGGGGCAGAUAAUGGAGUGACUUCUAUGGCAUCCAGUUCAAAGGAUCAUGUGAACCAAACAAUGAACAGUCAAGUAAUGGCGCAUACCCAAGUGACCAGCUCCAGUGAUCAAUUUGAACAAGCUCAUAAGCGGCUCAGAACAGAAGAAAACUAGUGUAUUAUUCUAGUUUCCCAUUUUUCCUGCUAGUCUAUUUAUUUUACUUUCUAUUAUUAUUAUUUUUUGUUUUUUUUUUAUAUGGGGUGGUUCUGGGGGAGGAGAGAUUUUGUGGGUCAUUUUUUUUCAAUGUCAUGGUCCACAGACAACUAGAUCUUUGAUUAAUUGUACAUGUUUAUGCUCUGAAUGGGUUAUCUUAGAAGAAAGUUUCAGUUAUUCAUCUGUUUGGACCCUGAAAUUCAGAGAGAGAACUCCAUGCAUAGCGUAUGUUGAGAAGCAACUUUCACAUUCCUAAUAAUUUUUCUUGCCAUGA